UUCGCUAAGCCACUGUUUAUCGAUGGAGACUACCCAACUUGCAUGAAGAAGAAUCUCUCCUCUAAUUUACCAUCUUUCACCGAAGCAGAGAAAAGGGAGAUCAGAAACACGACUGAUUUUUUUGCCCUCUCUUUCGGAUCGGUGUUGAGCUUCCAGCUCAUAAACGACAGCCUUAAGUUUGGCCAGACAGAGUCUCUUAGCUUGAGGAUGGUGCUGUACUGGAUAAGUGCUGAGUACAACAGUCCCAAAAUCUUCAUUGUGGAGAACGGCUGGUUUGUCAAUGGAAACACAAAAACGGAAGAUGCCAAAAACAUGUAUUAUAUGAAAAGGUUCAUCAUGGAAACUUUAAAAUCAAUUAAGUACGACCAUGUUUCUGUGAUUGGGUACACCGCCUGGUCCCUGGUAGAUGGGUUUGAGUGGUACAGAGAAUACAAUAUCCGACGAGGCCUGUACUAUGUGGAUUUUCUCAGCCCGGACUUGAGAAGGGAACCCAAGUCCUCCGCCUUCUUUUAUCAGAAACUGAUUGAGAAAAAUGGAUUCCCACUAUUACCAGAAAACGAGCCAAUCACAGGAGUAUUUCCAUGCAGCUUCUCCUGGGGCACAGCUGCCAACUCAAUACAGGUAGGAGCUCUUCACCCAGCAUGGCUAUGUUUUAACUGCAUUGGCCGCCUGGAACCUAUUAAAAAUCUGGUAGCAGCUUAAUUGACAUUCAUAGGCAGUCACAAUGCUUGAAUCUUGUGUGGUAAAAUGGGACACUGUGAAUCAAAUAGCACACUGUGAAUCAAAUUAUAUUAAAGUGAAGGUAGUAUGAGGUAUGAUGUGAGUGUGUGGGUCAAGGGUUCAUUAAGUCAGUGUCAUGGGGUGACCUCCCCUCCCACCUAAUUUCUAAGUUAAUAUUUCACUGCAAUGCAGCAGGUUUGUUAUCUAGCAGAUGUGUACAGUAAGAAUACACUUCGUAGCAGUGAACAAAAGCAAAAAACAGUAUACCAGUCAGUAGUGUUGCUGUAUUUUGUUUAUUUGUUAAAAAUUUAAAACGUCCCCUCUAAAAUGAAGCAGGUUGCUUGACAGUAAAAACUCGCUUCAUAUGGCCUGCCAGGGUUUGCAAGUUUUUAUUUUUAAUUUUAAUUUUUUUUUAUGGACAGGCAAAACACAGCAUAUCCCAGCAUAUACAUUUCAAACACUCAAUUGCAGAUAGAACUCAAGAACGUCAGUCUGACAAAUGU